CCAGCGGCAUUACGCCUAAGCGACCCCGAUAUCCCAUAAUUUCCCCAAGCCGACACAUGUUUCCCGUCAAAGCUUCUCUACCGUUCUUCUGAUUUUAUUAUUCAAAACUGGUCGUUUUUCUUCAUUCUUUACAGAAAUAAUAAGGUCUCUGUUAGCCACUGGUUGCCAUGAGUACGUCAUCCAAGCCAUCAAGUGACAAAAAGGACAACCACCAAAAAUCCAAGUCACCCGAUCGUGAUAGAAACCGAGCAAAACUUGAAAGUCGUUAUGAGACCAACAAAAAUGACCCACACUCUGUGAGAUGCAGGAUAUUCAUUGGAAACCUGGCCACUGACAAAAUAGCACGACAAGACCUGGAAGAAAUUUUCUCCCGCCAUGGAAAAGUGUUAGGUUGCUCUCUUCAUGCAAACUUUGGUUUUGUUCAGUUUGAAACAGAGAAAGGGGCUGAUGAGGCUGUCGCCAAAGAACAUGGAAGGAUAAUUAAUGGAAAGAAAAUUGACGUUCGGAUUGUAAAUUCCCGUGCAGAUGUUAAUCUGGUUGGAGAGCGAAAAAGACGUAGUGGGCCUCCUGAUAGGCACACUCCCCCUGACAGAAAUGGUCCUCCGGAUAGGCACGGACCCCCUGAUAGACAUGGUAUGGAUCAUGGGCGUGGUCGAGGCAGGGGCAGGGACCGCCUCUCACCCCCACCCCACAGAGACAGGGGAAGACCUGGCUAUGAUGACCGCCCACCCAGGUUUGAUCACCCGCAUGAACGCUACGGUAGACCUCUGUCACCGCCAAGAAGAGGUGACCCCUACCUGGACCACUAUGAUCGCCCCCUAGAUCCCUAUCCACCACGCGAAAGGUAUAGAGAUGAGCCGCCACCAAGAGAUGCAUAUGGCAGACAUGACUUGCCUCCCCCGCGAGACCCCUAUGACAGAGAAAGAAGAGACCCCUACGAAAGGGAUCCAUACUAUGAUCACCGGGAUGACCCUCGAGAUGACCCCAGGCGGGAUGAUCCCUAUCGGCGCUAUGAUGACUACCCCAGGGACUACCCCCCGGAUGACUAUCGUCCACCCCUAAAGAAAAUGCGCCCCGAGGUUGAAGAACCCUUCCCCCCGCCUAAGCCUAUAACUGCCCCUACCGAUUGUGUGGUUAUUGUGCUAAACAGAAUGCAGAUGAGAUAUGCAGAGAUUGUAGAGAGGAAGUUCCGUGAUUCAGGUCUUGUGACGGACAUGCAGCUACUCGGCUCCGCCUCCAUGACGGAGCUUCUGGAUACAAUCUCUCGCCAUGGCGGUCUCUAUGCCAUUGUCGUCACCAGCCAGCACGAGAUGCACCGCUCUGUCACUGUGAACAUCUUACACGGCACACCGCAAGAGCACAGAAAUAUGCCACUUGAGGAUGCUUUACGGCUUGUCAGCCAGAAUUUCGAUCAGUACAUGCAAGAUCUUCGCAAACGUGCCGAGGAGUUAGAUCGCGAGAAAGAGAAAGAAAAAGAAAAGGAGCUUGAAAGAGAGCGUGAGCUUGAGCGAAAGCAUGACUUAGGGCCUGAGAGAGGGAGAGAGCGCGAGAGGAGUCGUGAGCGUGAGAGAGAUCGUAGGGGGUCGUAUGGGUCUUCUGACAAGCCUCGUAGUAGCGAUGACACCACUUCUCUGCUGAGCAAGGCAGCAUCUGGCCAAGAUCUUUCUGCAGAUGAUUUGUCUAAGCUGAUUGCGUCUUUGUCCAAGAAGCAACAAGAGAUUGCGGGUCAAUCUGGAUCCUCUGCCUCAGGAAGUUCAAGUCAGCCCUCUUCGGAUGCUCAGUCAAUUGCUAAACAGCAAGCCGACCUGCAGGCCAAGAUUCUUAGUAUUUUAAACCCUGGAACUUUGUCUAAAGUUGCCGCUGUUACAUCUCAAACAGCUUCUGCUGCUUCCUCUCUAACUGCCGCUGCACCGAAACCUGCAGCAUAUCCACCAUCCCAAGGAGCAAAUAUUUCUUCAGCUGGCAUUUCAAAGCCUGUAAAACCACUGUUUCCUGCAGCAAAAGCGUUAGAUCUUGCAGCCCAGGCUUCUCAGGCCAUAAAGGCCAUCUCAACUGCAGCUGCAACACAAGCAGCAGCAGGAAGUCUGUACAGAAACUCCGUUCUCUCUAGCUAUGGUUCGGCAGCACCAAGCUACGGAACUGUACCUGCCUCGUAUGCAUCUGCAACAGGGAGUUACACCGCAUCAGCAUAUACUGUCGGACAGACAGCAGCAUCAGUAGCGUCGGCUCCAGUGGGACAGUACCCUCCCCAACAGCAAGCCUAUGGGGCUCCCCCUGCCAGUGUCGCUGCUCCAAAAGCUUAUCCUCCCCCUGCUGCUGCUGCUGCACCCCAAGGAUAUCCACCAUCAUCCGCCCCCACUGGGUACCAAGCAAGGGGGCCAGCUCCGCCCGGUGCCAAGCCUAGAGUCGCCGCACCAUAUGGUGCAGUUCCGAGGCCUGGGGCCCCUGCUGCCACUGCGCCUCCAGGAGCGCCAGUGGGAAGAGGCAUCCUUGGUGCUAUACCCGGACAGAGAGGUCCAGCCCCGGUUCAUGGUGGCCUUGCUGGCAGAGGAGCCAUGAGGGGAGUUCCUGUAGCACGUGGAGCUCCACCCCCUGGCGGAAGAGCAGCCCCGGGAGGCCCACCCCUGAGAGGAGGAAUGGCGCCCCGAGGAGCGGUGCCACGUGGAAUGGCGCCUAGGGGAAAUCCCAGACUACCAAUGAACCCGCAGGCUGGUAUCCCACGAUCCCAGUUCCGUGGCGCUAGGGGGUCACCUAUUGGCACUGUACAAGGCAUGCGGGGGAGAGCAAGACCUUAUUAACUGUUAUUUGACUUGAGCCAUCGACCUUUGGUGAGACCUUUGACUAAACGGAAACUCUAAAUUGUUUCAUGAAGAGCAAGACCUUAUUUACUGUAACUAGGCUUUAGCCAUCGACCUUUGGUGAGACCUUUAACGAAAAUAAACCCCGGUGGAUUGUUUCAUGAAUAGCAAGAGCUUCUUUACUCUAACUAGACUUGAGCCAUCAACCUUUGGUGAGACCUUUAACGAAACUGAAACUCUUAAUUGCUUCAUGAAGAGCAAGACCUUAUUUACUGUAGCUAGACUUGAGCCAUUUACCUUUGAUGAUACCUAUAACGAGAGCAGGCGUAUACAAUUUACUUUGGUUUGACUCUUAACCAUUUUCACUCGGGUAUGUUCAAGUACAAUCAUAGUUUAGCUGAAGCAGUUGUCAAAGUGUUUCUCUCUAGUAAGAGCUCUGUAUGUACCAAUGGACGGCUUUAGUCUUCUGGCGUGAUCCGACGUAACCCAUUUUAAGAGAUUUAUCUGCUAACUUUUCAUAAAAAUUUUAGACAGGAUUCCAACUCCAACAACUGUAAUUAAAUGAUUUGGUAUCUUUUAUUUAGUUUCUAGUUAGCAACUUGCCUAGUCCAGUAGUUUUAAUAGCAUGCUUUAGUUUAUUCGGUUCAUUAAACGAGUUAUGAACUA